CUUUAAAUGGGACGCCGAUUGCGGCGCUACCUGCUUUUUUAGCGUAGUUGCGCGAUGGCGAGUAGCGCGAAUAAAAGACAGCGAGCAGGCCCUGGAGAGCAAAUUGGCAGCUCCUGGGUUCGUACGCGAAUUAAUAGCAUUGAAAUUUACGAUUCUAUUUAACUUUUUUUAAUGGAAAUAUUAGACAUCUGCGACUGAAAAAAAAAGACUUUAAAAUGUUGUGACCGGCGACUGAGCGGCGCUUUGUGGGUGGUCUAAGUUGUAACUUCCGUAGUGGUCACUCGAGGCUCUCUCUGGGUGCGAGGAGCGCCGCUCAAGGUUUGAUCAAAGUUCACCCCCCUCACCCCGCCUCAAAUUUGGGCAAAAGAAGAAAAGAAAAGAGACGUCAGAUGGGGAUAGGCCAGAAGUAUCCAGAUGCUGAGAGAGGUACUCUAAGGUCCCUGGCAACGCCAUGCCAUAUGAGAUUCCUGAGCUUGGACAAGUUGGUGACUACAACUGGGCAAGUUUUUAAACAUCAGAACCAUCAUGUUAUAUCUUCAUAAAGUCAAACCACACCUUUGCUACUGUCUUGAUUUAAGCCUGAAAGUCAUCAUUGAACUUUAGGGGCCUGCUGCACUGUCUCCUUCAGAACAAUGAAUAUUGACGACAAAUUGGAAGGUAUUCUUCUUAAAUGUACGGAUACUGCUACAAUGCAGUCUUCCAGAGGUCUGGUGUCGUUGCAACAGCCAUUAGUGGGCAAAAUGGGAAGCCUGGAUACUGGACUGGGAGACAGGGGUCUCUCACAUGAUGACAUUCUGAACAAAGAUCAUGGGGAAAUACAGGGUAAUCAACUUAUCCCACAUGAUGAAUUAAUGGUUCAUGAGGAAACUGUGAAAAAUGACGAGGAAGACCCAGAAAUGCAUGAUAAAUUGUCCCAGGAUUUGCCAUAUGCCAUGCAUUUACCAGUUAAUGUUAAACAAGAAAAGAAAGUGUCAGAUGAACCAGCACAGACAAAGAAAGAUAAGAAAUUACCAAGAGAUGUUGUAGAUGCCCAGAAAAAGAAAAAAAGAAAACAACGAUCCCCUGCAAAGAUUCUUACAAUAAAUGAAGAUGGGUCACUUGGUCUUAAAAGUCCUAAGUCUCAUGUGUGUGAGCACUGCAAUGCUGCCUUCCGAACCAACUACCAUUUGCAGAGACAUGUGUUCAUCCAUACAGGUGAGAAGCCAUUUCAGUGCAGCCAGUGUGAUAUGCGUUUCAUCCAGAAGUACCUUCUGCAAAGACAUGAAAAGAUUCAUACUGGUGAGAAACCAUUUCGCUGUGAUGAAUGUGGUAUGAGGUUCAUACAAAAAUACCACAUGGAGAGGCAUAAAAGAACUCAUAGUGGAGAAAAGCCUUAUCAGUGUGAAUACUGUCAUCAGUAUUUUUCAAGGACUGAUCGAGUACUAAAGCACAAACGCAUGUGUCAUGAAAACAGGGAUAGAAAAUCCAAUAAAGCUAAAACGGGAUUGUUGGGACCUGAAGAUGAUCCAAGUUUCUCACAAUCUCAGAAAGAAUCCUCCCAGCCAAAGAAAAAAAGACAGAAAACUGGAGAGAAGCAAAGAAUUCACACAGCCCUUUCCAAUAAAGAAGGCAGUGAAGGAAAACAAGAUCCGAAAAAUUUAAAGAAUGACUAUCUGCCUUUGUAUGCAAUUGCCUCCAAAGUCAAAGAUGAGUAUAUGGUGGCAGAGUAUUCAGUUGAGUUGCCGCAUGCUUCGGUUACUGGAGGACAGCUAGGUGAAUCAUCUUCUGAGGACAUACAUCCUCCAAAACUGGUCCUAAAAAAGGUAACCAACAAAAGAAAUACCAAGCAAUCUUUGGAGCACAGUCAAAGCCUUUCACCUCUAUCUUCUUUUGAUGAAGGUAAAGUCUCAAAAUAUUCUUUUGACCUUGUGGACAAACAAGGACUUCUUGACUCAGAGACCACUAGUGACAUGGAUCAGGUAGAUGCCCUACAAGAGGGUCCAAGUAAGCCUGUGGCAAGUAGUACCAAUUAUGAUGAUGCCAUGCAGUUUUUAAAAAAAAAGAGGUACCUGCAGGCAGCCACUAAUACCAGUAGGGAUUAUGCUCUUAAUGUGGGAACAAUUGCUUCUCAGCCCUCUGUCACUCAAGCAGCUGUUGCCAGUGUCAUUGAUGAUAGUUCUGCUGCCUCAAUUUUGGAUACACAGACAUUAAAUGUUGAAAUUAAAUCAAGCCAUGACAAGAAUGUGAUUCCUGAUGAGGUCCUUCAGACACUUUUAGAUCACUAUUCAAACAAGGCAAAUGGACAGCAUGAAAUAUCUUUCAGUGUGGCAGAUACAGAAGUGACAUCCAGUAUAUCAAUUAACUCUACUGAUGUUCCUGAAGUUACACAAGCUGAGACCGUACUUACGACGUCCCAAGCACCUUCAACAGAAAAAGCCAGCAUGCUUCAGGAAUAUUCCAAAUUUCUGCAGCAAGCCUUGGACAGAACUAGCCAGAAUGAUGCCUAUUUAAAUAGCCAGAGCCUUAUUUUUGUUUCUGAGAACCCGGCCCUUGCAAGCCAGCCUUUGUUUUCUACAUUAGAUAAGCAGUAUACUUUGUCUAACCGAUCCGCCUUUCGUUCUGGAAUGAAUUCUCCAUUAAGGUCCACUUCAGAGAAGUCACAUUUUGGACUUUUGGUUGGAGAAUCCCAGCAUUCAUUUUCAUUUUCAGGGGAUGAAACCAAUCAUUCUGCUGUCACUCCUACAGAAGAUUUUUUAGAGCAUGUGACUGCCUCAAAAAAGGCUGACACUCAACAGAUCCAUCAGGCCUUUCAGAUAGGUACAUUUGAACAGAGCUUCAGACCUCAGUUUCAGAGUUCAAGACCUACUAUUUCAGCCCAGUUCAGUGCCACAAAUGGACAAGUGAACUUGCGCAAUCAUACAGCAAACAAUGAUUUCUCUGAAUUCCCUCUGGUUAAUGUAACUGAAAGCCGAAUACAAAUGACUUCUUCACCAGAUACCACCAGCAGUCAAACAUUUGGCUAGAAAAUGUUUUUCUAAAUUAUAAAGGCACUUUACGGUCACCAUUUUUAGAUGCUUGGGAUGCGUUUUAGAUGAUAGAUCUUAAUGAAAUUUAUUGGUGAAUGCUGAUUUUCAUUGAUAGGCAAAGUGAACGUUGAUAUGUGGAUUUCUUACUUUAAACUUAAUAUUUCAGCCUAUACUGUACCCAAUUUCAGGGACAAGAGAUACUUAUAACUUCAUCUCAUGCUUUGUGUUCUGGCAUGCCUUUCGUUAAAAUUUGUUUACUGCAGGGUUGAAUGACCUUGAAAUUUUUUUUUAAUACACAAAAUUACUUAUGGAGAUAAGGUUGCAGUAUUUGCCUUCUUCAUUCGCUUUUAACUGUUCCCUUGGCCAAUUACUGUUUGUACUUAUUUAUAUCAGUGAUGAAACCUUUUCAGUAAGUUGUCUUAGUUUGUCGGUGUGUUGAUUUCUUGUGGCGUUUUCCUACCAGUGAUUGAAAAUUUCUCAAACUUUGAAUUCAGUUUUAAUCAGGAUUUAGCUAAAUUUGGUUAAUUUUGGAAAUAUCAAAGUAUGGUGCGUCGCGAGUGAGCUCUAAAAUCCAUACAUGUAAUCGGUUCAUUGUCUGAAACCCCUCAUUCCAGAUCAGAGUCGUGGGCACUAAUACGUAAAGCUGCUUUGAAAAAUUAUAACGGGCAUAAAAACUAGAAACGAAUUUUAGGGCAACACCCAGUGAGAUGUUUUAUUUGGCUCAUUUACAAAAUUAAUUUAAACACGUUGCCUACAAAUUAAUUUUUUAUUUCUAUACUUUUAGUCACAAUAAGGAACAGUAUAUUUGUCACAUUAUGUGUGUGUUUGGGGACUUGGAAAGCUAUAGGUCUGCUUUUAUGUUACUGUUUUAGAGACCAGAAAUCACUGUCACUAAAUGAGACUCCAAGACUAGGUUAUGAAAUAUUUAAUAUUUUCCACAGUGCACUGUUUAUCAUGCAGGUACAAAGAAAAAAACACAAUACAACUUUUUUGUAAAAAUUCUCCACAUAAAUCUCAUGUAUCUUAACAUUACUGACAGUGCAUGCACACAUCCCUGAUAUCUGAUUUGUUGUGUUACACCUGUAUGUUCUCCAAACUGUUUGUGUUGUUUGCCUAGAUUAUGAAAUCAUUCUGAGUCUCAUCUUUUUGCUUAUUUGCUUUGUAUUGUUUGUCUAAUAAAUACAUUCAGAUUAUUAAUAUAUAAAUAACAAUUUAUUCUUAAAAAGUAAUUUUAUUCCCAGGUAUAUGAUUAACUGCAUUAUUAAAUUGACUAUUAUUAUGAUUAUUAUUUUUAAUAUUUUAUUUUGAAAAUUAGAAUGGCAUGCUACAUAAUCAAAUGUAUAAUAGAGAAAACAAUGGAAAAAUUAUAAUUACUAAGGAGAAAACAAAAAAAACAGAACAGGAUUUAACUCCUACUCAAGUAAUUAUUAUAAUUAUAUAGUAUAUUUAUCAACAAUAUUUUCUUCAUAAAUCUGUCGUCUAUUCCAUAAACUAUUCUAAACAGCUAUUCAUAUGAGGUGCUUUUAGGUUAAAUUCUUCCUGUAAUGACUAACCCUAAUAAAAUAAACACAUGAUAUUCCAGCAAAUGAUCUCCUGACUUGCUGAAUUAGGCUUAAUAAUUCUUUAAAACUGAAUAUUACUGACCAUAAUAUGUGUAGGCCUUUAGCAUUUGUGCUGCUUAAUAUUGAAACGAAAUCUAGGUUAAUUUUAAAAUGGAACAUAAAACAUUACAUUUUGUUGAUGUAGCUCAUGUGUCUGCCAUGUUUAUAUAGUUUAAAAAAAAGAUACGAUAUUGCAGUGAAACUUUCAUUAAGAUAUAAAUAAUAACCUCACAAUGUUUUAAUUUAAAUAACUGUACUUAAUUCAGUUAAGUACAAUGUUCAGGGGACUGCAUAAAAACAGUUUUAAAAAAUCAUGAUUUAAAAGGUCAUUUGAUAAAUCAAAUCAUAUAUUUGGAGCUUUAGAAAGAAAGUAUACAUAAAACAUAUCUCUGGGUUUAAUUUACUUUUAUUUGUAAAUCUAUGUGCUUCUGUUUGUAGCAAGGUGUGUAAAGAAAUAUUUAUUUCCAUAACAGAAAUGAGUUAACCUAUAAAUGAAUCUGUAAAAUACUACAUUAGAACAAUAUAAGCAAGUUUUGAACAAGCUGCCUGUAGUUCUCUUUCCAUUGGAUUUGUUACCGGACAGUCAGGAUGUAGGACCGUAUCCUAAAUCAUAUAUCAUUGUGUUUUAACAUCUUCUGUCGCCAUACUGGGUUUUCUGUUUGGAAAGCCAACUUGAACAGAAGUAAAGUUAUGUAUGCAUGGAGAACACAGACUUGUACAGAUUAAAUCUAGGCCACAUUCAAACUUCCUAUUGAAGAGCUUUGAGGCAAUAGAGUUCACUCAGGGUGACACCGUGCAAUCCAGAUUUUUUUUUUGUUUUUAAUUAAUACCUGUUCUUUGUAACUUCUAAUUGGAUGUACUUAGGCAUAAUAUGCAUAAAUAUGCAUGUACUGUAUGAAAAUUGAGGAAAAAAAUGUUAUAAAAGGGAAGAAUAAAAAACUUAUAAAAGUGGCAGUAUACUUUCAGUGCAGGCUUGUUGUACGAUUUUUUUUUUUUUGUGCUCAGUUCUUUAAGAACUACAAGCACAUUCUUUGGGGGUGGUGAGUAGAUUGCAGAUUUUAAAAUGUUGAUUAUGAUCCAUCAGGAAGAGUCAUAUAUUUUAUUAGCAGUGAUUAAUGGUUGACUGUAAUUUUGAAGCAUUCUUCAUUAUGAAGGGUAACUUUUUAAUUAAAGAAAACUCUUUUUAGAGGAAACUUUUUUUUGUUGUUUGCCAUAUAAUGAGCAAACAGACGUAGUAUCCUUUCUUUGCACUUAAUUGACCACUUUAUUAUUUUGUUAGUGAAAAUUGAGUGUGUAGUUUGAAAGUUUUGAUAAUCCAUGAAAAAGGGAAGGUAUUGUUACUUAGUAGUGGGAGUUUUAUUCUGAAAUAGAAUUGAUGUUUUGUGAGUAAUGUUAAAGGUUUCAGUCUUUGAAUUUGUUUAAAAUUUUGUAUUAAAAAAAAAAAAAAAAAAGCUGAAACCUAAAUCUGUGCAAGACUCACAAGCAGAAUAUGCGCAGCAACAGUUAAAGUUGCAGGAGGCAGUGCAUUUUAUACGCACAUUGUGAUCUUCUCCAUUCUGACAAUCUGGUUGAGCAGCAUUCAUAUCCCUUGAUUGAAUUACCCAUUAGAUAAUUCGUAGUGCUGGGGAAUUCAUCAAAAUGAAUAAAAUGUGUGCAAUUCUUUUACUUAGCAAGAAAAAUGAAAACAACUAAGAUCACCAUGCACCUGACCCCCUGCUAAUUGUUUUACCACUUCUAUUUAUAUAUUUAUUUUUUGUAAUGUACAAUAUGGGUAAACAAGUAGUUAACAGUAUCCAAAUAAAGCAGAAACUUAAAAAUAAAUAUUGCAAAGAUCUCCAUGCAUAGUCCACGAGUUUGUUUAAAAAUGUUCUGCAUAUAGGACUGUUUAUUCUAUAGGAAAAUCAAACUACAUGGACUUAAAUGUAUUUGCUCAGACUCGUUGACAUGCAUAUUCAAACAUAAGUGAGUAUUUUCUUGAUUAUAUUAAAAUGAUUUUUUCACUGACUGUCCUUGAGUUUUCAGUAAAUUGCAUCACAAGCCUCCUAUGGCUUGACUUAGAGACUUUUCAGAUCACUAGUUCCUACAUUCUUAAUCAAUCUUGAUAAUGAACGUUUUCAUUUCAAGCAUUUAAAAAUAUCCAAACAACAGGUUUUAGUCUUGAAAUGGGGAAUGUCUCCUGUAGUCAUUCUUGUUUAAACGGGAGUCUUCACACACCUUCCACAAGCCACUUACCUGAUGAAAUUUCCUUAGUAUUCAGAAACUUUCAAGCACUGCUUGCAGACAGACCCCCAUGCUACUAUAUUUUUUUAAACCCACUUGUAGCAACUAUUAUCGUGAAAAUGGUUUUCCAAAUAUUUUUGUGAGUGUGCAUCAUGGCCAUGCAGCCUCUUCCACAAUUUUUCACAGCCAUUUCUUUGAUUUACCAUAGUAUUAAUAAUUUAAUCGACAAUUGACUGACAUGUCAGAUCUUUCUGCCAUGUAUAGCUUACAUCUGUUUUACAUUUACAAUUUUUUUGGCAAAUGGUGAGAACUGUUGUUUUUAAACUUUAUAUACCUUAAAGCUUCAGUGGCAAAAAUAGUUUUUUGUACCUACUUAUUUAAUAAGUUAAUUAUCGAAAUCUACCUUUCUAUUUUAUGACUUUUAUAAUUUUAUCCACGAAUUACUCGUGCUUGUAGAACUUUAAGUUAAAGACGUCCUAAACACACUUAAUUUGACAGUGCAUUUUAUUUCCUUGUUUGUAGACUUUGCAUGUUUCUGACACCUCAUCUCUCAUCAGUGCCUUUUUAUAUCUCUUAAUGAACUAUCCUGUUUUACUGUAAGGAACAAACAUUAUUUUAUAAAAUAAAGAACAAAUAGCACUUUCAGUGUUGGCAGCCUGUUGUUGCCGACUUAUUUGUCCCUUAUUCGUAGGAUAUUAAAUUUAGAAUGUUGCAAUGCUUUAGUAAAGUUUUAAUCAGAAUAAAUAAAUUAAAAAAAAUAUGUUCAUGAAAAAUGAAAGCACUUUUAACUCUGAAUUUCUAUCAGUGGUUGUAUAAAGUUAGAGAAAAAAAAAUUACAUUUUGACGUCUAUAACUUCAGAGUGUGUAAAUGCUGCGACAGGUAUCAAAUGCCCAUGCAAUAAAACACCCUAGAACAUGUUACAAUAUAUGAAAAACGUUAAAGGUUACUUCAACUCAGAAAAGGAAAGAAGGUAAAAGACGCGACAUUUCAGCUAUAUAGCCUUCAUCAAGUGUGCCAGACAUAGCGAAAUGUUGUCUUUUACCUUCUUUUCCUUUUCAGCAUGGAAAUAAUUAACUUUCUCUUUACAGUUGCACGCUGAGGGAUCCCUACAUAACCUACACUAAAUAAAUGACUUCCUGAAAUAGAUCAACAUAAAGGAGAAAAAUUAACAUUUACACCACCACCAGCAUUUGUUUAGGUACAUAACUUACACACCAUUAUAUUUAAAAAAAAAUAAAUAAAUACAUUUCCUUGAAUAGAAAGGGCAUUACUUGAGAAGGCAGCAUUUAAGUAAAGCUUUGCAAUUUAUGCUCUUCCGAAGUUAAAUAAUUUGAUAUUUAAUAUAUUGAUUGUAAAUAUAAAGUACAUAUCUAUAUAACUGAGAGGAUUCAACAUACAAGUUGCCACGAGUCAUAAAUAUUGGCGUGGACAGCAGGUUAGGUGCAGAGUUAAAGUACAUUCUGCGAUAUAUAAAUUUCCUCACAUUUUGCUUUUGUCCUUAUUUUUAAUGCACAUUGUUUUGCUAUAAUUUGAUAUGUUAAUAUUUCUAUGGCCGUCUUCCCAGCUUUUAACAACUUGUAUAUAAAUGAUAAUCCAGUCAGAAUGUUUAUGUGCUGUUUUCUGCAUAGUUUUUAUAUUGUAAAUAAUGGAGUGAAUUGGCAUGGAUUAAGGUAUUCAAUUUCAAAUCACCUUUGACAAUCAGAGACGACAAGGAGUUUCUUUUGUUUUUAGUUACACAUUCCAUUGGUUUAAGGUAAAGAUAGUGGACUCGGUGUUGCCUGUAAAUAUGUAUUGUAUUUUAAUUUGUAUACUUUCUGUUAUCUGUACAUACAAGUUGUAAAGCAGCUACACUUUAUUCUUAAUAACUACCUGAUCAUUUUCAGUAAAGGCAAUAAUGUAUAAAAUGUAAAACUGGAUCCGAUGAGAAAUUAUAUAUAGUUUUAAAAGUUAACCAAGAAACACAUUGUAAUCAUGCUUAUGUUGACUGUAGAACAUUAAAUACUGGUUGUAAACCGAUUCAGCCAUGCAGUCUUUCCAUUUUGUUGUUCAUUUGGCUCCUUGUAUAAUAUUCUGGAAACUUUAAAAUGGGACAGAGACUAAAAAUCCUCCAAAAAUGCCUUCUGUCCAGUGAAGUACAUUAUUGCAGUUCAGUGUUGAGUUUUUAUGUUCAGCAUUUCAAAUGUUAAUAGUUACUGUUUGAUACAGAGUAUAAUUUCAAGAAAAUGCUAAACCCUAUCAGGUUGCUUUUCAUGGAGUAUUACUAAUGGUAUAUUGUCUAUGCAGAGCAGCCUAAUCAUGAUUAAAAAUACUUAAAGAAAAUAAUUUGCGUAUGUAACUUGAGUUUUAUGGGGACAUGUUUUUAAAUGCUAGUUGUUUUAUAUUAUAUGUGCUUUACCAUAUUUGCUAGUCCUUUCUUUUUUUGGCAUUUUCAGUACAAUGGUUAUCUUUUUUAUAUGUAUGCUAAGCAUUUAUUGUAGCAGAAGCAUUUUGGUAAAGAAGAGAAAGAUUUUGCAAUAUAUCAGUUCUUUGGUCAGAGUCUAAUUAUACUGAAUGAUGUUUGUGUUUUUGUUUUUCUGCUAUUGUGAGCUAAUUUGUUAUUCAAAUAUAAUAUUUGCAGUAAAAGAGUGGCGUCAGAAUAAAGUUUUGUAUGUGGAUA